GUUUUAAACUCACGGGUCCCUUUUAGGUCCCUCCCUCGCCACGUGUUCUUUGGAUCACCGUCUCUCGCCACGUAACCCUCCCAUCUUCUUCCACCGGGCUUCUCCAAAGCAGCAGCUCCCUUUCUCUAAAUUAAUCCAUAUAUAUUACUAUGAUUUUUCCCUUUAUUAUUAGGCUUAGCUAGUCUUAUUGAAUUCAUCAAAGAGGACCUUCAGCUAGCCAGCUCAUGAAGGUUCCCGUUGGGUUUCUGGCUACCCUUUGGAGCUUCUUCUCCUUCUUGCCCUUCUUCUUCUUCCUCCUCAUCCUUGGCCUUGCCAAAGCUGCGAUAAUUGGUCCAAUCGCCCUGGGGAUUAUUGUGAUCGGUAAUUCAGCUGUGAUCAUUGGUCUUUGGAUAGCCCAUUUCUUGUACACUUACUAUUGUGUGGCAAGAACCAAGAGGCUUGGUAUUGUCCUGAAGAUUGCGGUGCUUUUGCUCUUGCCUGUGCCCAUGGUCCUUUGGCCAGUCAUUGGAAUUGGCGGAAGCGUUUUGGGUGGCAUUGGAUACGGGUUUUUUGCUCCUCUUCUUGCAACUUUUGAGGCUGUCGGGGAGAAUGUCAAGGACAAAUUCUACCACUGUUUUGCUGAUGGUUGCUUGGCCACUAUCAAAGGUACCUGCACAGUAGUGUGCGAUUUUACAGAUUUUUGCUUCCAUUCUUACUUCUCUUACAUGGAUGAACUAUGUGAGAAGGUCCCUCCAGAAGAGAAGCCGAUGGAUGUGAAGUAUGAAAUUUCCUCCUGUUUCUCUGUUUCAUAUCGACAAACGAAUGCAAAUCCUAAGCCAGGAGAGGACAACAGCUUGAAGACUAGAAGAGAAAACUCGCUCAAUGCGCAACUCAUCUCGCAAAAGUCAAGAACACUGAAGUGGGAAAUCCAGCAACACAAAGCAGUGCAGGUAUGGGAUUGGUUAUUCAAAGCUUGCGAGGUAAAUGGUAGGAUACUGCUUCGUGAUGGCCUGAUAAAUAUCCAGGAAAUUGAAGAAUGCCUUGUUAAGGCUAAUUGUAAGAAGCUGAGCAUCAAAUUACCUACUUGGUCCGUACUACAUUGUCUGCUUGUAUCUGCGAAGUCUGACUCAUCUGGGCUGGUGAUCUCUGAUGAUGUAGAGUUGGCAAGAAACAAUGGACCAAGGGAAAAGGUGUUUGAGUGGUUAAUCGAACCGUUAUUAAUUAUGAAAGAGCAAAUAAAGAAUCUGAAAGUAGAAGAAAAUGAAGAAACCUGUCUGAAAAGGCUGGUUAUUGAGUGCGAAAACAAGAGGCCCGAGGAGUGGGAUGGAACUGGAUUUCCAUCCAAUGACAAUGUCAGAAGGGCACAGCUGCAAGCCAUUAUCAGAAGAUUGCAGGGGAUUGUAGCUUCCAUGUCCCGGUUUCCGACCUUCCCGCGUCGCUUUAGGAACAUGAUGAAGGUUUUGUACGCAGAGGCAAUUCAGGCUGGUGCUUCAGCCAGUCAUAUUGGAGUAGCAUUAAAAUCCAAAUACACUAGCAAGAGCUUGAUUGGGUCUGGGAGUAGAGAAGGUAGAAAUGAAACUGAUGAGGUAAUUAAUGAGGCAUAUGAUAGCGGGGAUGUAGUAUGAGUUGGCUUUUGUAAGAUGUGUGUUUUUCUUUCUCUCUUUGGAUGUUGGACUUGUGCCGAUAGUACCUUUAAUCCUCCGUUAAAUGUCUGUUGAACGAGAGGUCUCUCUUGGUUCAGAACAGCGAGAAAAUCAAAAUCUGCACUCGCUUAAAAAUCCCAAGCACUCUUUCGGACUGGAUAGUGCACCAACCCUGAAACAUCUUUUGUGGCAUGGAAUCUCUCAAAACAAGAUCAUGACUCGGAAAGCUUUUCCAACGCCCAAGUGACAAGCAUUUUCACACAAGGAUGAGAAUGUUAUCACAUCCAAAGCUGGAGGGAGUCGAAAGAGUUUCAAAUUCAAACAUAACUCUGAAUGUUAUUUAACACCAAGGAACAUUUCUAUCUUAGAUAAACUAUGAGGGCUCUGCCCUUUCUAGUUCUUUUGAUCAAUAAGAAUUUCAUACACCAAAAAAUU